AUGACACAGUGGAAUCUCGGAGUCCCCGAUGGAACACUGAGCGGACUGGAGAAGUUCGAAGCCCCCGAUCCUGCAGAGUUCGUUGAUCACGGAUAUGCCGUUAUCAACGUGGACUUGCGUGGUGCAUUCGAUUCUGAAGGGAAAAUGGCGAUGGUGGGAACACAGGAAGCGCAGGAUGGGUACGACUUGAUUGAGUGGGUUGCUCAACAGUCUUGGUGCAAUGGAAACGUCGGAAUGGCAGGCCACUCACACCUUGCUAUUGUGCAACGGUUUAUUUCUGCGUUGCAACCGCCAUCUCUGAAAGCCAUCGUACCUUAG